GAAGUGUGAUGAAGAACACAACAGAAGUGCAACAAAACUGCAGCUGGCUAAUGACCAUUAACCUGUAGGUUAUGGCGGCAACAGACAAACCUGCUAUGACCACUUUUCCUUAAUAUUUAAACCUCUCUCCUGUAGAAACGCAGCGGUGUGGCUCCAAAAAGAGCGGACAAAUUUAUUACAAUUCACUCUUAACAAGACUUCUCCAGUUCCAAUGUCUUCUGGCUGUCCACCCCAGUCGCCUGCUGUGGCAAAGUCUGAGGUAGCAGUAGAGGGACAAUGCCCGCUGCUGGCUGCCACCUUCGCCUACUGGGACAACAUCCUGGGUCCACGAGUGCGCCACAUCUGGGCACCAAAGGGUGACCAGCUGAUGUUCCUCAGCGAUGGAGAGGUCACAUUUCUGGCUAAUCAUACACUGAAUGGGGAGAUCCUGCGCAGUGCAGAGUGUGGCGCCGUGGAUGUGAAGUUCUUUGUCCUGGCAGAAAAGGGCGUCAUUAUUGUUUCCCUCAUCUUCGAUGGUGAGCUGAAGGGGGACAAGAACACAUGUGCCUUGUCCAUUAUUCUCCCUCAGACAGAGCUGGCCUUUUACCUGCCGCUGCAUACCAUCUGCGUGGAGAGGCUGAAGCACGUUAUCCGCAAGGGACGCAUUUGGAUGCAGAAGGGCUACAAUAUCAUCUCAGUGCUGAGCUUGGAGAUUGUCCCUAUCAUGGAGCUGUUGGCCUCAAUGAAGACACACUGUGUGCCUGAAGAUAUAGAUAUAAAAGACACCGUGCUAAAUGAUGAUGACAUCGGGGACAGCUGCCACGAGGAUUUCCUCCACAAGGCCAUCAGCUCUCAUCUGCAAACGUGCGGCUGUUCAAUCGUGGUUGGAAGUAACCCAGAGAAAAUAAAUAAGAUUGUGCGGACUCUCUGCCUCUUCCUCACUCCGGCCGAGAGGAAGUGCUCUCGCCUCUGCAGGGCAGACUCAUCCUUCAAAUAUGACACCGGCCUGUUUGUUCAGGGUCUGCUCAAGGACUCCACAGGCAGCUUUGUCCUCCCCUUCCGCCAGGUGCUUUACUCACCAUACCCGACCACGCACAUCGACGUCGACAUCAACACAGUCAAGCAGAUGCCUCCGUGCCACGAGCACACGUACAACCAGCGGCGCUACAUGCGAUCAGAGCUGAGCGCGCUGUGGAAGACUGACAGCGAAGAUGACAUACCUCCAGACACAAUCAUUCACACAGAUGAAACCUUCACACCUGACCUGAAUAUAUUCCAAGACGUAAUGCAUAAAGACACUUUGGUCAAGUCAUUUAUAGAUGAGGUGUUCAUGCUGAAGCCGGGCUUGUCCCUGCGGAGCACCUAUCUGGCCCAGUUCCUGCUGCUGCUCCACAGGAAGGCCCUCACGCUGCUCAAGUACAUCGAGGACGAAACGCAAAAAGGGAAAAAGCCAUUUCGAUCAUUGCGUAACCUGAAGAACGACCUGCAUCUGACAGUGGAGGGAGACCUGAACAUCAUAAUGGCCUUCGCCGAGAAGCUGAGAGCAGGACUUCACUCGUUUGUGUUUGGGAAGCCCUUCUACACCAGCAUGCAGGAGCGAGACGUGCUCAUGAGCUUUUGACUUCUAUCGCUCACCCGCACUUUAAGUAGUGUUCGUAUUGUUUUUAGGUUUGUUUCGUUGUUAAAUGAAAGCAUGCGUGUUGAUAAAAGGCUACCAUCUGCCUGGGUAUUUGUUUCUGCUCAUCUGAAAUGAAAAGAAUAUUUUGCCUUCCUUUUUUUGUGUCUUGAUCAAUACAAGACACGACUUCAAGGACUGAUUGUUGCUGCUGCUAUGAGCCAUAAGAUAUAAGGUUUUGAUAUAUUGCCUUGAUCAACUGUAAGCAUAAUGUCAGUGUAAUGUUUUUAGACGACUUAUUUCUCUGUGGGUUGAAUAAUCCAUGCAUUCUAUGCCUACUAUUAAUAGAGGGUCUGUAUUAAUUUAUGGUGUUAAAAUUGGCCGAGAUGCUCCCCGGGACAUCUGGAAUUUAAUUUAAAAUGAUAUUUAUUAAAUCACGAGUUAUUAGUUUCUUCAUUGCCUGUGUUAUACAGCUUUCUCAGCUGGCUUUUGAACCUUUUGAACUUGAUUGCCUUUUUUCAUGAGCGUGUGUGCUGAAUAUGAAUGUUGCAGCUUGGUUGACGUUUUAAAAACUUUGAGUAAUCAGAAAGCACUGGGAUUUCAUUACAAGCAAAGACAAAAGCACUGUACAAUUUUACCUCAAUCCUUCCUGACAAAGCAGAUCUGUGGAUGUAUCUGACGAGUGCUAUCAUUAAAUGCAUUUGCUCAGUUGUGCGUUAAAUGGAUUUUUUCCCCUCCUACGGCAACAGCCAAGUUAGUUGUUGUUUGGAUUAUUCGGCUUUACUGCAAACAUAAAUUUGCUGAGGUCAUUAAGUCAACCAGUCUUGUUUAUGUGACACUGUGAAAUGUCCAGAACAUUUCUUCUACUUCCAGAUCAGAGCAUGUUUAUAGUGCAAAUGCUGUCUCUGCUUUGUUUCUUUUUACUGUAUGGAUCGUCUUAUGUCAACAGGGAUUUUUGUCUAAUUGAACAUCAAAUUGUGCAGACAGGUCAAUGAAUAAUAAACACUGUAAUGACAAAUCUCA